AUGCGUUUAGUAACUCAUAAUAUGCUCCAAUGUCAUGCCAAAGGUUGCAAUUCAAAUAAUUUUCCAUUAGAUCUUUUUGAAGUUGAGAUAGAAACUCAAGAGGCAGAUUUCAGUCCACAGUUUAUACGUAACAUGAUAUCAAAAUUAGAUUGGGAUGCUUUGGUAAAAACUGCUUUACAGGUUAAUAUUAAAAUAUUACCUGAAACUUUACCAAAUCUCUCAAACGGAGAGUUUGACGAAGAAUUCUUGAAAAAUUUACACAGAGUUUUAUUAGAGACACACAUUCAACAAGGAAAAAUGAAAUGUCCAAACUGUCAACAUUAA